AUGCUAAUCAAAAAAUUAACUAAAGCUAUUGCUAAAUAUCAAUUCUCCAAAUAAAUUCUUGAUUUUGCUAAACCUAAUCCUACAAAAUCAUAAUUUAUUUAACAUAAUGUCAAUUGUAUGGUAUUACAUCCAAUCUUUUAUCCAAAUAAAGGUCCAGAAUUAGAAUUAUAUAUGGCUGAAGAAGCUAUUGGUUUAUCAAAAUCAUUAAAUUGGACACUUGAAUAAGGACCUUUUUGGAAAGAUGAAUACACUAAAGAUAUUAGAAAAAGUUAAGGAAAAAUUAAUUAAGAUGAUUAAGAUAUUUAAGUUGAACAAUUAUCAAAUUUAGAUGAAGAUGAUCUAGGUCAUGAAUGGAGAAAUAAAAUUAUUAGAAAUUCUAUUGCUAAAUCAUCUCUUGUUAAAGUUCCUCGUAUUCAUUCUAUUACUUUUUUCACUAAAGGAAAACUUGCUAUGUUAGGAUAACAUAUCCAAUCCAAAAAAAUUAAUGCAGUCUUUAUAAAUCAUGAAUUAACACCAUUAUAAACUAGAAACUUAGAAAAAUUAUGGACUUAAUAUUCUAAAGGAGAAAUAACAUCUACCAAUAUUAAAGAAGAUAUAUAAGAGUCUAAUGAAGAAAAUAAUGAAAAUUAUGAAAAUAUUUUAAAUUAUGAUGAUUAAUCAGAUAAUGAUAAUGAUUUUGAAGGUCUCUCUGUCAAAGUUUUUGAUAGAUUUACUAUGAUUUUAUAAAUCUUUGCUAAAAGAUCAACAUAAGGAGUUUCUAAAUUAUAAAUUGAAUUAUCCUUUCUUAAAUUUGCUAAAACUAAAUUAGUAAGGAGUGGAAGUGCUUUUGUAUCAUUAUCAUCAAUCUUUAAAGGUGAUUUAAUGAUGGCUAAAGAAGUUUAUGUUGAAGUUGUAUCAGCAAAAUAAAGAAGAGCUCUUGGUAAAAUGAGUGGAUCAGGUGAAAGUGAACUUUAAUUAUAAAGAAGACUAAUAGAUGAUAGAAUUGCAAAAGUUAAAAAACUUAUUGAAGAAGAAAGUAUUUAAAGAACUAAAAUUAAAAGAAAGAAACUCAUACAUACUGUUCCUAGAAUUGCAUUAAUUGGAUAUACUAAUGCUGGUAAGUCAUAAUUAUUAAAUUGUAUAUUAUAAAAAGAUGUAGUUUAAAGUAGAGAUUUACUAUUUUAAACACUAGAUACAACAUCAAAAUAAAUAAGGUUAGCUUCUGGAUAAAAAGCAUUAAUGCUAGAUACUAUUGGUUUCAUUACUGAUCUUCCUCAUGAUUUGGUAGAAUCUUUUAAGUCUACUCUUGAAGAAGUUGAAGAUGCUGACAUAGUUUUACAUAUUAGAGAUAUUUCUCAUCCUUGCACAGAACAAUAAAAAUAAGUUGUUUUGAGUGUUCUUAAAGAGUUGGGUUUUAAUUAAGAUUUUUAUAGUAAAAAAAUGGUAUUUCUUGUUUUUAAUUUAGAUUGAAGUAUGGAAUAAAAUUGAUUUAAUGAAUUACCCUAUCGAUUAUGAAUCAAUUGAAUCACAAGAUUACCCCAUCGUGCCUAUAAGCGCAUUGAUGAAUAUUAAUAUCAAAAAAUUGCUCUAAAUUAUGGAAGAAAAAUCUAAUUAAAUUAUGAAUAAGAAAUAGUACAGAAUUAGAUAUAAUAUUGAUUAACAUUUUGAAAGGCUAAAAUGGUUUUAUGACAAUGGAAAUAUUUCAGGAGUUAAAAAUGAAUAGUAAAUACCUCCUGUGAAGAGAGGAGAUCCAACUAUUAUAGAGUAUGAUGUGAUCAUUGAUGAAAUCACUUACAACAGAUAUAUAGCCACCUUUUAACCUGAAAUGAGAAUCAAGAAAAAUAAAGGCAUGCCUCCAUCAGAUUGGAAAUGA